AUGCCAAAGUACGGACCAGUGAAGAUAACCAACAACACCAUCAUGGAUGAAGCCCAUGAUGCUACCCUGGCUGAGGUUGCCUUGGCUGAUCCAAUCUUGCUAGGUAAGAUUGACAAACUGUUUGCCUGCAAUGUCGGUGAAUACAUCAGCCUUCCCCAGCUUGUUGCUGUCGGUGAUCAAUCUAGUGGCAAGAGUUCAGUCCUUGAAGGCCUGACAGGCUUGAUUUUCCCUCGCGAUAGUGGUCUCUGCACACAAUUUGCAACUCAAAUUAUCUUUCGCCGCAUGAAAAACCUGGACCGUCGCGAAAUCUCAGCUAGCAUCAUACCGGACCUAAGCGUCAUGCCAGAGCAAGAACACAAGUUGCGAGCGUGGAGUGCAUCGGGUACUCAUACAAUGACAGCAUCCGGAUUUUCCAAAAUGAUGCAAGAGGUUCACGACUUAAUGGGUCUUUCGACCCGUUCUGGCGAUAGCGAACCCACUUUCUCCAACAGCGUGCCGCGGCUUGAAAUCUGUGGUCCGGAUGAGGAUCAUCUCAGUGUGAUCGAUGUUCCUGGAAUUUUCAAGAAUACUACUAUGGGCUCCACGACAAAGGCAGACAUGGUCCUUGAGAUCAUUGAGAUGGCCCAUGAAUUGGACCCAACUGGCGCUCGGACUCUUGGAAUCAUGACGAAACCUGACCUUGUUGACAAAGGUGCCGAAGAUAAAGUGAUAGAUCUGAUUGAGAAUGGAAGUACGACUGGACAGCUUGGCCGUGUCUCAAGCGACAACUAUGGCAUCAGUACGCUGCGAGCCCGACUGAAGGAGCUUCUUACUUCCAAUGUUCGCCGGGUUUUCCCUGAAGUACGUGUCGAACUCUCCAAAAAACUGAAGGAAGCCACCAAGGCUCUCGACGCUCUUGGGAUUGAGCGUCAUUCGGCAGAACAACAGAGAAGAAUUCUUUUGGACAUUGUCGCCGAUUUCCAGAGUAUCACCCGACAUGCCCUAUCUACAGAUUACGGCUCAACCGAUAUCUUCAACAACGAGGAACUACGCCUGGCUACCAUGAUCUCCACCCGAAAUUCCAGGUUUUCUAAAGACAUGGCAAUUCGGGGUCACGAAUACAACUUUGUCUCCGGUAAUGUAGAUAGUGAGGACGAGCAACAAAAACAGUCAAAAGAGAACGGGAAGCUCAUUCUGUCAUAUGAUGCUACAAUUUUCAAGUCUGACGCGAGUCGAAAGCUCCCAGAUUUUCCUGAUAUUCAGGAAAUACUUGAAAGUCCCAAGCUUGUGCCAGCUCCUCGUUCCUUUGGAAUUCAUACCUGGACUGACCAGGUGUACAGUAGCUCCAGGGGCUUUGAAAUUGGGACGUUCAAUCCCACAAUUGUGUCGACUCUGUUCAAGCAACAGACUGCGAAAUGGCCAUCAAUUGGAAUGGGCUACAUUAGUGAUAUUAUCAUCAUCCUUCACCAAUUUAUUGUUCGAAUUCUUGAUACCAUCUGUGUUGAUAAAGGCAUAGCUGCCAGUAUCAUUUCUCUGAUUAUGGACGAACUGACAGACCGUUAUCGUCUGGCCCAAGAGCGGGUCAAGUUCCUCCUCACUGUUGAGCGCGAGGGUACCCUCAUGACCAUGAAUCACUACUUGAAUGACAAUUUGCAAAGAUGUUGUCAGAAUCGCCUUUGUGCUGCAAUGGCAUUGUUGACCCUCCAAGACUCCAAAUACGGGGAAGUUGCCGCCGACUACUACCUGAUUACCGGACCGCAGACACCUAUCAAUCUCCUCUCUCCGACCUGGGUCAAUGAUCUAUCUAGCAAUAAGCUCAGGGGGAUUGCGGGUGAAAACGCGAACAUUUUACGCAAGAGGCACCAGUUGCGAAAGCAGAUUGAAGAUCUUGAGGCUGGGAAGAAGGUUCUUGCGAGUUGA